AAAGCGGAAGUCUAAUUUUAAGAUGGAGUUUGCAGCCCCCCCCAUCACCACCACCUUUGGUCAUUGGCGGUGGAAAAGAAACUAGAAACCCCUUUCGAUUCCUUCACUAUAUAUAAACCCAUUUCCCUCGAACCAACCUCCCUCUCUCUCUCUCUCUCUCUCUCUCUCUCUUACACACACAUCAAACAACCUCUCUUCGCCGGCGGGGAUAUCUCCGGCCGCCACCCUGCGGUUCGCUUCCGAGUAUUCCUUUCAUUGCUUCUGGUCCUGUGCGUGUUGGAUGCGUCAUCACUUUUUCCGUCGAGGUCUUGUAAUCACAAGUAAAGGAAACUUGAUAUUUUCAGUUAAGGCUUGCUGUACUCAAAAGUUUUGGAAUCUUUCACAAUGGGUGCAACUGAAAAUCUUGUGGACAAUGCAACAGGUGCAGCAGAAAGUCCGGAAAACCACACCACUGGUCCUUUAGAAAAUCCUAUAUAUGACAAUGCUGGUUCUUCAGAAUCAGAAAAUCCUGUACAGGACCAAGCACUGGGUGCAGAAAAUGUUGUAAGUGAUCAAGUAGGUGGUGUGCAAAAUCCUACUAGAAAACAAGAGGGUAGUGCAGAAAAUCUGGUAAACAACCAAGCAGAUAGCGGAGAAGAUCCUGCAAAUUGUCAAGCAGCAGGUGUUGCAGAUAAUUCUGUAAACAACAAAGCAGGUGCUGCAGAAAUUUCUGUAAAUGAUGAAGUAGGUGCAUCAGAAAAUGCGGUGAAUGACAAAGCUGGUGGAGUAGAGAAUUCGUUAAGCAAACAAAUAGAUGCUACAGAAAGUCUUGUAACUGACAAACAAGGUCCUGCAGAAAGCCUAGUAGAAGAUGAAGCACAUGCUGUUGAAAUGUCUGUAAACAGCAAAGCAAAUGCUGUUGAAACGCCUGUAAGCAGCAAAGCAAAUCGACUUCCAGAAGAAGCAAAGGAGAUACUGAAAUCAUUGGCAAGUAAAUGGGAGGAUGUACUUGACCCAAAUGCAUUGCAAGUGAUCCCUGUCAAAGGGGCAAUGACGAAUGAGGUAUUCCAGAUAAAGUGGCCAACUACGACUGGGGAAACCUCACGAAAGGUUCUAGUGAGAAUCUACGGUGAGGGUGUGGACAUUUUCUUUGAUAGGGGUCAUGAGAUACAAACAUUUGAAUUCAUGUCAAAGAAUGGGCAAGGUCCUCGUCUACUAGGACGAUUUGCAAUUGGCCGUGUUGAAGAGUUUAUCCAUGCACGGACAUUAUCAGCAUCUGAUCUUCGAGAUCCAUCUAUUUCUUCUCUUAUAGCGGCCAAAAUGAAGGAGUUCCAUGAUCUGGAUAUGCCUGGUGAAAAGAAAGUCCACCUUUGGGAUACAUUGCGAAAUUGGCUGAGUGAGGCCAAACGUUUAUCGUCCCCUCAAGAAGUUGAAGCGUUUUAUUUGGACACAAUUGACAAAGAAAUCUCUCUUUUGGAAAAGGAACUAUUGGGCACACACCAAUGGAUAGGAUUUUGUCACAAUGAUUUACAAUAUGGUAACAUAAUGCUUGAUGAAGAGACCAAUUCCUUGACCAUCAUAGACUAUGAAUAUGCUAAUUAUAAUCCUGUAGCAUAUGACAUAGCAAAUCACUUCUGUGAGAUGGCUGCUAACUAUCAUACAGAAGAGCCUCAUAUCCUUGACUACAGUAAAUAUCCUGAUUUUGAGGAGCGUCAAAGAUUUGUAAAGGCAUAUAUGAGUACCUCCGGUGAGCAACCUAGUGACAAUGAAGUGGAGCAGCUACUUCAAGAAAUUGAGAAGUACAACCUUGCAAAUCAUCUAUUCUGGGGAAUUUGGGGAAUAAUUUCGGCACAAGUAAACACAAUUGACUUUGACUACAAGGAGUAUGCCAAGCAGAGGUUUCAAGAGUACUGGGCAAGGAAGCCUUAUCUUUUAAUAAGUUCUGAUGCACAUUCUCCUUAUAAUGCGCCUGAGGGUACAGGAGAGCUAGCGUCGGCAUUGCCCACCAAAUCGAAGAACUCUGGUAUCCUCAGGAAGAUGAAGAGAGUUUUGGGUCUAGGCAUGUUCAGGUCCAAGAACUAGAACAAUAUCUCAGGCAGCUUUUUUUUUUUUACUUCCUCUUUUGGAGUGAAAUGUCAAAUCAGUAAAGUCAAGAAAAGACACAAAUAAUGUACUAAACAGACAUUACUUUUUGGUAUUAUAUUUGAUUCAUUUUU